AUGACUAGCAUCGCCGUUGCGAGAGCUUACCAACAGUCCUUUGAAACUCACCCAUAUGGCACCCUCGCCAUCACCAACGGCGCGCUCACCGCCCUCGGCGACAUGGUCGCCCAGCUGACCGAGAAAUUCGUGCGUGUGCUGCCCUCCAUACAUCUAACUCUCGCUGAAGACGAGUCACAGAAUGGACCCCUUAGCCAGCGAAAGGGAUGGCAGUACGACAUUCCACGAACGCUCCGGUUCGCGGCCUUCGGUGUCGGGAUGGGUCCAGUCAUCGGCCGGUGGAACUUCAUUCUCGAACGUUAUUUCCCACUGCGCUCAGCAAGACCGCCACCAGGUGGCGGGAAGGCUCCCGUUAGCUUGCGAGCACUCGGAAAGCGUGUAGCGGCGGACCAGCUCUUCAUGGCCCCAAUCGGUCUCAGUAUCUUCGUUGGGUCGAUGGGUAUAAUGGAGGGUCGCGACGCGACACACAUUCAGCGGAAGUACGCCGAUAUGCUCAUCCCUGCGCUCCUUAUGAACUGGCAAGUCUGGCCGCUCGCCCAGUUCGUCAACUUCAGGUUCAUGCCAUUAGCGUACCGAGUGCCAUUCCAGUCCUCGUGCGGUGUAUUCUGGACGCUCUACCUGUCCAUCCUUAACUCAAAAGAGGACCAGGCACAGGACCGCGCGGAUGCCAUGCGGAAGUCGCUGGACAAGUAA